AUGUCAUGAAUUUUGUAUAUAAACUGAAACCAACCAACGAUUGAGCAUCAGUUUUAAACGAUUUCUUCAAAUCAAAACAGACACAAAAAUCCAAAUCUCACAAAAUGUUCAAAUACAUUGCAUUCUUCGCUGUUAUUGCUGUAGCUGCUGCUAAGCCCGGUUUGCUUGCAGAAACCCACACCAUUGUACAGCCUGCUGUUCUAACUAAAACUGCUGUUGUAGAUCAUAGCGCUUCAUCGGCAGUAACACAUCAAAGUUACACCAACUUAGUAAGGAAAGUGCCAUUAGCUCCAGUAGUUCCAGUUGUAAAAACCAUUGAACCAGUCAUUCCAGUUGUAAAAUCUGUUGUUGCUGCUCCUGUUGUGCAUUCUGUACCAGUUGUAAAGACUAUUGCUGCUCCCGUCGUGCACACCGUUCAUGCAGCUCCAGUUGUUCACACUGUACAUGCCGCUCCUGUAGUUCACACUGUACAUGCCGCCCCAGUUGUACACUCAGUACCUGUUGUACACUCAGUUCCUGUUGUACACUCAGCUCCAUUAGUUAAAACUGUCGUCUCCUCUCCAGUUGCCUACUCCCUUCAUCAUUAAAAUUUAAAACAAUGUG